AUGGAGGACCGGAUCGAAUUCGAUAUCAACGAGUCACUCAAGUAUUACUUGAGUGAUCCCGCCUCUAUUCCCACACCCGACGCUGAUCCCGAAUUACUGGACUGCGAGACAGACCCUGAUCAACUUUCGCCGAACGUGGUUGACAAUGUGCUGAACCCCAUCGUCGAUGCGGUGGCCGAGAAUCCUGAAGGACUGGCGAGACCAUCUUUCUUUGAUUCCUUACAAUUUCUACUAAAGUGCGCUCUGGCCCCCAAUCCACACAUGGAUGCCUCUACCCCUGCUGGACCCGAUUCUGAACGUUUGAAUUUCUGCAGAUAUUCUUCCUUUAUCCCAACGAAGUCCCUCAGCAAACUCCUGGACCUGGUUGUCUCCGGGCUCUCGGUUGAAGCAGAUAUUAUCCAUGGAGACUUGGAGUCCGACGAGCAAGAUGGUAUUCAACAUCACAAACAACUCCUGGAGAUGUACGGCUUUCUCCUUCAGUGGGCUCUUUCCGCUGUCGAAGUCAAAGCGGCGGAGAAACCUGCAGAGGCUGCGCCCGCACGGAGAGGCGCUGGAAAGUCCUCCAGGUUGAAAUCUACCAAGGACGGCAACUGGGACUGGACUGCGCAAAUCCAAAUAUCCAUGGACACCAUGUGCAAGGUCAUGAAGCUCAAACUAAGCAGGAUUUUCAUGACGACGUCGGAUCGUGACACUUUCAUUAAUCUCUUUACACGCUCUGUCUAUCUGAUUCUCGAGAGCGAACAGCGUGUUAAAAGCAUGACAGUCCGUAUGCAUGCUUUCAAGGUUCUCUGCAUUGCUGUAAAACAUCACGGCCACGCUUUCGGUGCCCAGACAUCCAUUGUACAAAGUCUCACAUAUUUCGAACAUCUUUCCGAGCCCAUGGCCGAGUUUCUGCAUAUCAUCGCAGAGCAGUAUGACUAUCCGCAAUUGUCGGAUGAGAUUUUGAAAGAACUUGGAAACAAGGAGUUCAACUCGAAUGAUACACGCGGCCCAAAGUCCGUGUCGGCUUUUAUUAUCAAGCUCUCGGAGCUUGCUCCACGAUUGAUUAUCAAACAGAUGACCCUCCUAGCCAAGCAACUUGACAGCGAGUCUUACACGCUUCGAUGUGCGGUGGUUGAGGUCUGUGGAAACCUUAUAGCAGAUCUCAGUCGGCAGGAGGAACGAAGCGAUAACUAUAAGACGCAAAUAAACGCCUUCUUCGAUGUGCUGGAAGAGCGUUUUCUGGACAUCAACCCUUACUGUCGGUGCCGAGCCAUUCAGGUCUACAUGAGGAUUUGCGAUCUGGAGCAGAAAUUCCCCAAGAGACGACAAGCUGUUGCAGAGCUAGCGGCAAGGAGCCUGGAGGACAAGAGCAGCAAUGUGCGACGCAACGCAAUCAAGCUACUUGCCAAAUUGGUUUCCACCCAUCCUUUCAGUGUCAUGCAUGGCGGCCAGCUUUCGUAUAAGGAGUGGAUGGCCAGACUGGAGAAUGUGGAUGCGGAGCUUAAUGCUUUGAGGCCCCCUGAGACACCUGGUUUUGAUGGAAUAGAGGGAACACAUGUUGACAGUGAAUUAUUGGACGAUGCUACUCAACUGCCGGACGACUCGCCAUCCAAAGCACCACGUAUGACCGAGGAAGAAAAGGUUGCAGCAGCGAAAAAGGCUGCAGAACAAGCGGCAACUAGUGAGCAUCUGGCACGCCUGCAGCUAACCCGGAAGUACUAUAACGAGGCCAUCCGUUUCAUUGAAGUCCUUCAUUCCGCCUCCAGCAAUGUAUCGCAACUCUUGUCGUCCCGGAACAAAAGUGAGGUUAUUGAAGCUAUGGAUUUCUUCGUCGUUCUCGACGCAUACAAGGUUGAAACGGCUCGAAGCGGUAUCCGACGCAUGCUACGACUCAUCUGGACCAAGGGCAAUAGCGACGAAGGAAAAGGUGUUCAGACCCACUUGAUUGACUGCUACAAAGGGCUUUUCUUCGAAGCUCCAGACUCAUUCAGCCCCAACGACGCAGCCAACUACAUUGCGCGCAACAUGAUCAGUCUGACGUUUGGCUCAACGCCUGCUGAACUCACGUGCCUGGAGCAACUUCUCAGUACUAUGAUGAAGGCGGGACAUGUCUCUGAGGCUGUCGUGGCGAAAUUAUGGCAAGUCUAUGGUAUCCAAAAGAAGGAGAUUUCAAAGACGCAACGACGAGGCUCGAUCAUUGUCCUUGGUAUGCUCGCAUUGGCUGACCCGGAGGUUGUCAUCAAAGAGAUUGAGGCAAUGCUGCGGAUUGGCCUGGGAAGCUUGGGGAGAUCCGAUCUGAUCCUUGCAAAGUAUACAUGCAUUGCACUCAAGCGAAUGGUCCCAGGGCGCCAGGCCAAAUCCAAGGAAACCGGAAUCCCGAAGCUGGCAAAUGACCACCCUGUCUUGAUGAAGCUGGCAGCAAUGGUGGAAAUUGUGUCCGACAGCAAAGAGUGGUAUGGUGUAGCCGAACAGGCCAUUAACGCCAUCUAUACGCUGUCGAAACACCCCGAUGUCCUUUGCUCUGAUAUCCUCAAACGGAAGACCAGGUUUGUGUUUCAACCUCAACUGCAACGACCCUCUUCGAAGGGGUCUGGCGACGGAGAUGAGCAACGUCCUGGAACAGCUUCCACAGAUAGCCAGGGCUCGAGGAACACUACUUCAUCUGCUGCUCUGUCUCAGCUCCUGUUUGUGGUAGGCCAUAUCGCGAUCAAGCAGAUCGUGCACCUGGAAUUGUGUGAGCUUGACUUCAAGCGUCGCAAAGCCGAACAGGAAAAGAAUAAGGCUGCUAGCGCAGAGUCUCAGGCGAACAAGGAAAACGCUGAGGACGACGAACUAGAUCUCAUCGGUGGCACGACCGAGGACGAUUUCACAGAUGCCAUGACGCAUAUUCGGGAAAGAGAGUUGCUGUACGGGGAGAAUUCGCUGCUGUCUAACUUCGGGCCGUUGGUUGCAGAGAUCUGUGCGAACAACAACACGUACUCUGACCGUAACCUCCAAGCUGCGGCCACUUUGUGCAUGGCCAAGCUGAUGUGCGUCUCGGCAGAGUACUGCGAGAAGAAUCUUCCUCUGCUCAUCACUAUCAUGGAGCGUUCCGAAGACCCUACUGUCCGCAGUAACGCUGUCAUUGCGCUUGGAGACAUGGCUGUGUGCUUUAACCAUCUGAUCGACGAGAACACAGACUUCCUCUAUCGCCGCCUCAACGAUGACGACGCGUCAGUAAAACGGACGUGUCUCAUGACGCUCACCUUCCUCAUCCUGGCUGGACAGGUUAAGGUCAAGGGACAGCUUGGCGAGAUGGCCAAAUGCCUUGAGGAUGACGAUAAGAGAAUUGCUGACCUGGCACGCAUGUUCUUCACGGAACUCGCGACCAAAGACAAUGCUGUGUACAACCAUUUUGUAGACAUGUUCAGUCUCUUAAGUGCAGAACGCAACCUCGAGGAGGCUUCGUUGCGGCGGAUUGUCAAAUUCCUUAUUGGCUUUGUUGAGAAGGAGAAACACGCUCGUCAGCUCGCAGAAAAGCUGGCUGCACGACUUCCACGUUGCGAGACUGAGCGACAAUGGAACGAUGUGGCCUACGCCUUGUCCCUCCUGCCUCAUAAGAAUGAGGAGAUCACGAAAACGGUCAGCGCUGGAUUUAACAAGGUCGUCACGGCAAGUUCUUAA